AAAUUCUACGAAGUCUUAUAAAGACUUGGCCUUUUUCCAUUUCUUCUUUUCUCCAAUUUUUCUUUCCUUCUCAUCUCAACCAUUAAAUUUAUUUUUAAAUGAUUGAAUUUUCAUGAAAUUGUUAGUUUAUAAAAGGGCCAUUCACCGAUCUCCUCUUAAAUACAGACACAAUUCUGAAUUAUAUUGUUACUAUCAAGCUCGUUGAGUUCCUUGAGAAGGAGAUCAAUGGCAGCCGCGGGUUUGCAAGAAGUUCUUCCUCUGCCAUUAACUUCCACCUCACCGCCCCCACCUCUUUUCGAUGGAACCACUAGAUUGUAUGUUUCCUAUACCUGCCCUUUCGCACAACGUGUAUGGAUCACUAGGAACUACAAGGGACUUCAAGACAAGAUCAAAUUAGUUGCUAUAAAUCUUCAAGACAGGCCUGCUUGGUAUAAGGAUAAAGUCUACCCUGAAAAUAAGGUUCCGUCGUUGGAACAUAAUGGCAAGGUUUUGGGAGAAAGUCUUGAUUUGAUCAAAUAUGUUGAUUCCAACUUUGAAGGGUCAUCCUUGUUUCCCAGUGAUCCUGUUAAGAGUGAGUUUGGUGAGCAGUUGAUAUCCCAUGUUGAUACCUUCGUCAAAGAGGGGUUCACUUCAAUGAAAGCAGCAGAUCCUGUACAACAAAUCAGCCCUGCUUUUGAUUUCUUGGAGAAUGCUCUUGGUAAAUUCGAUGAUGGGCCGUUCUUCCUCGGCCAAUUUAGUUUGGUGGAUAUUGCCUACGUUCCGUUUGUUGAAAGAUUCCAAAUCGUCCUUUCUGAGGUUUUCAAGCAUGAUGUCACUGAAGGAAGGCCUAAAUUUGCCGCAUGGAUGGAGGAAGUGAACAAGAUUGGUGCUUAUACCCAGACAAGAAAUGAUCCUAAGGAAAUCGUUGACGUUUUCAAGAAACGUUUUCUGGUUCAACAAUGAAAUAUCAAAUGGCAGGGUGCGUCCAAGAUGCAGAUUGUGUCCAAUAAAGCCAGUUUAUGUUAUUAUUGGAUAUGCCUUCCUCCUUCAUGGUGAAAUUAUGGAUGGCUUUUCUGAUAGUUUGAUGUCAUAAUAAUGUUUUAUAUGAUCAAGUCUGUGAUGAUCGUUGUCUUAUCUUUCAACUUAAGUAAACUAAAUAGUAUGAAACUCUGAAGAAUUUUACAUGUUUUUUUGAGUGAGAA